CAGAUUCAAACAUUUCAUACCUAGAGGUUGGCAUUGAACAUCUGAUCGCCGUUGAAUUUCUCGAGCUUGAACCGUUCAGUUGGCAUUACAUCACGGUGUCAUGGCUUCUAGCGAGUUGACGUUUGAACAAAUUUACCUUUAUUUUAAAGAAAACGGCGGUGUUGUGAAAAAUCGUGAUGCUGUGAGUGCGUUUAAACGAUAUUUAACUGAUUCACGUAGCAAAGAAGAUGCUCGGAAUAAAUUCCGCACAUACAUCAACACUCUCGCGCACACGAAAAAAGGGGAAAACGAUGAAAAGUAUCUUGUCCUAAAAACGAAAUAUCUAAAUUCGCUAGAAGCAGGUCCUCCCUCUCCAAGUCCCUCCAUGUCCUCUCUUAACCAGUAUGACCCACGCAAUUCAAUUGGCAUACCCCUUUCACCAUCUGAUUUUAGCCCCAUGCGUGGGUCUACCAGACAACCUCCUCCCUAUAGACCCCCUCCCCCCGUUGUUGCAUCACCCAGUUUAUCUAUGGAUAACGUGUCGAUUUCUUCGUUUUCUUUGGAUGGUACGCCACUGGCACCUCCAAGAAGAAGAAGUGCAGAUAAGUUUAAUAUGGAGAGGACAAAGUCGAUGGAGGAAAAAGUUGACCCGAACCGUUCGACGGACGAGAUGCGGACGCCCCGUAAAAAUUCCGCUGGGGUUCUGGAGGAACGCGACCCCAACGUCGACGAUAAACCGUCGAUGAGCGUCAAAGAAAAAACGCAAAGAUUCAACAGGUUGGCGUCGUACGAGGACGAACACAGCCCGAAACCGGCAAAAACGCCAGAAAAGAAAGGAAAGGGGGCCGACCAGGACGACGGCGCCUCCAUACCGAUGGUCGAUAAUAAAAAAUGCGUUGAAUGGUACGUUACUGCUUCCAAAGGAGAAUAUCAGGAUUUGAUCAAAUUAGCAAUCGCUGAACCUAGACUGGCAAAGAAAAAGGUAAGUUUUCAAAUAUUGUAA